CAAAUCUUGCAGCAAAGGUUGAACAUGGCGGAUCCUUUGAGCGUCACUGCCUCGGCAGUGGGUAUCAUUACAGCUGCUAUCCAAUCGGCAAGGUCCCUCGUGGAAACCAUCAAACGCUUUAGAGAUCGUGACAAGACUUUGCGUAGGCUUCAAGAGGAGCUGAGGGACCUGACCAAUAUCUUGGACGCUCUGGCACAAGUGAACAAGUCCGAAAUGUCUAUGCUGGCCCUUCUUGAAGAUCCAGUGAACCGAUGCAGCCAGGUAUGCCGUGAAUUCGAAGGAUCGAUGAAAGCCUUCGGUGCCAAAUCGAAGACUGGCCUUCGCGAUUGGGCUAAACUGGAAUUUAUGCGCGGUGAUAUCAAUGAAUUCAUAGAUACUAUCGCAGGGUAUAAGUCAACAAUCUCAGUGGGCCUAGGCACUAUUACGAUGCAAACUACCAAAAUCUCCCAACAAGUUCUUGAAGAGUACAAUGAAAUGGUCCAGGACACAGCAUAUAGCCUUGAGGUCCAGUUACAGCGGAUUGAUGAGAAAUUGGCGCGAAUGACUAUGGAUACGGUUGAAGCCUCAGAAGUAGGCCCAGAUCUGAAUGACGAGAAACAAGUAACCAAGCAAUGCCUUCGGAUUUGCCAGGAUGCGAAAUCUUAUAUCGAAACCUUGACAAACCGGGGAUCGUCUCUAUUACAAGGAACCUCUCGCGGUACUGAUGAAGAUGGCACGCAAAAGGUCUUCGAAGCGCAGUUGCUGACGCGGCAAGCCUUGGAUAAAAACCGGGAUACCUUCACAGACAUCAUAGGUCAACUUGGCAAACGUUUGGAGAUCCUUUUGCUCACCAAUGGUCCAAACGAUGAUAACGACCGGCAGCGGUUAAAAGAUGACAUCAGCAUCUCGAUGCAAUGCCUAGAGGUAUGCAAGGUGGCCACCGAGGUGUCCCGUCAGAAGAUAUACAAAGUCGGGGAAGUGGUUGCCGAAGAGAACAGCGAUCAAGUAGUGGUAACUACUUUAGCGGAUCUAUUCGACGUCAAGAAAGCGUCAUCUACGGGCAAUUCGGCGCAGUUGGUUGGUUCAAUGACAGAAGAUGCUCUUUGCCAUUUGACGGAAAAGCGUUAUAGCAGUCGUUUUGGGGCUGUGACCGGUACUUCUCACAAUACAGAAGUAACCACCACACCCAGCAGAUCGCCGUCAAGUUUGGAAACUCAAAAGAACAAGCACUCCUCUGCGCCCCAAGCUUCCAAUGAUGAGCAGGCCUCUAGCCUGGGCAUGAGGCGCAGUGCACCAUCUCCCAACGAGAUGAGGAAACGGGCAACAAGUGGCACAACGGACUAAGGUUAUAUAGGAGCGGGUCAAGUUUGAAAAUGAUUUGGGCCAAGCUAUUUUUCUCCGAUUAACUUAGAGGCAAGGCUCUGUAUUGGAUAUGGUCCCAGAAGAACAUACAAUAUGCGGGAUAUACUAACAGGCAAGUGCUGUAUAGCCAUGAUCUUGUCUGCUGAUAGGGUUACGGGUAUAUAUACCAGAAUAU